AUGGCAACUCAACAUGUUCUAGCUUCAGCUAUUCAAAAUACCAAUCUCCUUUCUAUACUUUCACGAACAGAUCAUGCAUCCUCCGAGUACGCUCACAUCACAGAAUACCAAUCAACCAUUGAGAUCAUCAUCUCCCAAGAAGAGCAACGAGUAAAGGCUCUGACAGCCGCAAGUGCAAAGGAACACCAAGACCACGAAGAAUAUCAAGACUCCACUGUCAAACGCUUAGCCUACAAAUUGAGCGGGAAAAAACACCAUUUUAUAGAGAAGGGGGAGAAAGAACAUCGAGAAUGGUUAAAUGCGAUUCAAGAUGAAUUGGAAGCGAAGCGUCGCUUAAGUCAUUUGAAUGACACACUUCGAGACGCGAAAUCAAAGGCUUCGGCGUUGAGACAUUUGGUGGAAGAGCAUGAUGCCGCGCAAGCUGAGCUCAACGGCCUUUAUAAUUUCAUAUUCUCCGGUCCGUCACGUGAUCUCAUAGCUGAAGAUACAAAGGAGCAUCUUCUUUCUUGCGCCAAAAGUUCGUUCGAUGAAGGACAAUUGCGACGGAGUACCGAAUCCAACGUGCUAGCGAUGUUGCAGAAUGCCUUAACGGUCAUGAAUCAGUGUUUUGCAGUCCUAGACGAUGCGUUACAAUCAUCAAGUACGCAUGCGUGGGGAAUUGGUAAAGGAUUUGCUGAUGUGACGGAACGGUCCUCACUUGCACAAACUCAAUCCCUUUCUUCUCAAGUUGAGAUGUUAGUUUACCGAGCCCGACGAAUGCAACCCGCGGUUCAACCACUGGGUCCAAUGAUUAUUGCUGAAGGGGGUUUGAUAUCCGAUGAUAUUCUCGAUAACGUACCCUCUGCCCUCACAUUUCACGACAAGAUUGAGGAACUAAAAAGGCAGGUGGUAGCAGCACGAGUACGGUUGAUUCAAGAGACAAAGCAUAGCAGCGAACGUCUGACAAAUUUUCGGGCAGUCGUUGAUGAAAAGAAGAAAGUCUUGGAAACGAGAAGGAAAGAAUUACAGGAUGAAAGAGGGGCGGUAUUUGAGAAAGUGGUCGCUAGCAGCAGAUUUUUGGACGGUUCUGAGGAAUCACGAAGCAAUAUUCAGGUGGAACAUGACCAAUCAGAUUGGCAAUCUCCUUCGCUGCAGUGGGAUGGUCAGCAACAUAUACAUUAUUCUUUAUUUGGUCGAGGGUAUCAAGAACUACCCAAUGAAACCGAACCAUACCGUAUCCCUCCAGCAGGGACUUAUGAUUUUCACCCUGUCGAUGCAAACUCUCCUCAGCAGGAUGUACUGAUGCCUGCCCCUUCAUGGUACACAUGA